CCGGCGACGCUGCCCUGGCAGGGGUGCGCUUUUGGAUCCUCAUGGCCCCCUGUCUUCAUGCCCUGGCUCAGGUAUGGACGCCAUCUUUACGUCCCCUCUAGCAUCCUCCUCCUCCGUCGUCCAUCCUCUACUCACAAAGAGAUUCUUCUCGCCACCACCAACCCUAGCUCUUCAACGUGCUCAUAACAUGGGAAACAUCGCUCACCUUGCCACGGAGGGCAGCGGUGGCAGGGAGGAAGGGUACUGGUUAAUAGUACCGAUGUCAUGAUUAUCUUAUUUUCUCUGUUCACUGUACGAAAUUCUCUUAUUUUCUCUCGUUGUUGUAGCUAAUAACUGUGUAUUGAAGAAAAGUUCAGUAUCAAACAUUGCUUUGUUUCUUUUUGACGGGGCAAGAAUUGCUUGUUGAGUUGCUUUGAAAAUGUUAGCUCUACAUGUACACUGCAGAAGCAGCUGUUUGUUUUUCUCAUUUUUUGUAUUUGCUAAACCUUGAUUAUACUCGGUUUCUUCACCGGAUUAUCCCUAAAAUUUUAAGCUAUUAGGUGAACUGCCCACUCAUUAAAUUCAGCAUGCUAUGGAUAUUGGAAGAAUGAUAUGCCUAUUGGAUAAAGAGAAUGGUUUCUAUCAACAUGUGUCAGCCUGCAGAUCACACCUGCAGAUUUCAUAAUCAAUUAGGAUUUGUGGCAGCAUGAAGUUUUAACUGGCACUUGCAUACGAGCACAUCGACCAAAUCGUUCUUUAUCUGGUAGUGGCAGGCCUUUUGUCAUGUUUGCAAUAAUUACUCUUCAGCCGACAAAUGGUUUUCUUUUGUGACACUACCUAUUUUAAACUUUAUAUGUGAUGUUCUUUAAAUUUAUUAUGUGUUAUCGUUAUUAAUGGAAUAAGAUAGCUCCUGCUACAAUUACUUUGGGAACAUCAUAGCAUGUUGUAGUAGUUAAAAAGAUAUUGAGAUGAGACCAGAGGUCACAGCCACAGAGGUUGUGUCAAUUCUAGGGUUGGUUGAACCUUGAUGUAACUUUUGAAGAGAAGGUUGACACAAAUUUCAUUGGAUUUGUAGGGCGUGAAUUCCAACUAUUUUGAUCUCACUGAUACUUCUUUCUAACUAAUCGGUUGACGUAAGGUGUUAUUUAGAUGUGAUUUCUGCUGUUUGAGUUUCAACGCUUCACACUGCCCUGAAUAAUGCUCUUGAAAUCCAAUGAAAAGAUACCCAGAUUCUAGAGGUUUUACAUGGACAAAGCAAAUCAGCAGCUAAUCAUUACAGUGCUGAUUGGUUGAUGAGUUCGAAUAAAUUUCUCUGUAUCUCAAGAACAGCAAAGGCACCUCUGUUAUUAUGAGGGACACUUUGAGCUUUUAGACUAGAAAUACUAUACUGAUAAUGUUGUUAACAAGCUUGGCGAUAACAAUCAUGCGUACUUUAGUCUGCUCCUUUUGGUAGUUAACUUUUAUCUUGUGGAUCCGGGAAGAACAGUGCAUUAUUUGUGUCGGUGAUGUAGAUCUUAGAAGUACACACUACUUUGCAACAUGGUAAAUUAAACAUGCCUUUUUAUGUUCUGGUUGAUUAGGCUGUUUUCCCUUUUUUCAGGAAACUAUUAUUGUCAAAGCUCUAAAACUUAAUGAUGUUGAAGAAGGCUGCUAGAUGCUGAAUAGCUUACCUAUAAGGUUGGUUUGGAACAGAGGAUUUUCCAGCCAGGCGCAGCCUUAGCAAAUGACAACCUUUUUUCCCCUCUAGAUGACUAUUAUGUCAGCUGUAAAUGUUCGUAUUUUUUCCAGAGUUCCCAGGUUUUGUGUGAAUGUCGUAUUUUGUGUGAAUAAUUUGUCCCAGUAAUCUGUCCAUUCUCAGGUAGGCACUAUUGGGGUGGCACUUGUCUUGCUUCACAUGGCGCAUGUCUGAACCUGCUCGGUGUCAGGGGCCCAAACCGUGACUCACUUGGGGCAAAUGCUAGGAUUCUGGAAACCAUUGUCCCUGGAAGCAUGCUCGCAAGCGAGCUCUCUCCCCUGGCAGCCUCGAUCCUUUGCAACUCAUGAAGCACCACACCCCUUAGGACAGGUUUGGUAAUAAGGGAUCACGAGCGGAUCCAUGGGAGGAACCCCCUUGCUAUUCAAAAUUGAGUAACAAGGGAAGUCCUUUCCCAUAGAUUCUCCUGUGAUCUAUGGUCACCAAAUCAACCCUUAGGUGUGUCCUUACCCCCUCCCUCUAAUAAACGCUAACCCCUUCAAAAAAUGUUUGCAAAAGCAUGUGAUGCAACAAAUCGUUUCAUGAGUUCAUUGUAUUAUUUAUUAAAAAAACUAUUGGCUUCAUGUAACAUUUCACAGAUUCCAGAGGUGGGAAAGCUUGUAAGAAUAAGAAAAGGAAUAAAAUAAGGAAAGAUCAAGCUAAGAAUCCCACAAAAGCAUACUCCGGACCUGUAAAUAAGGUGAGAGUUCAGCUUAAGCUAUUUUUUUGCUUUCUAGGGGUAACUUUAUAGAGAAUGAUGUGUUUCUUAUAUAUUUUUUCUGAUGAGUUCACGAGGGAGCUUCCUGUGUGCAGUGGUUCCGUGCAAAACAGAUAGUGGUAACAUUUCUAGGCAUCCUUGCCAAAGCUCAAAUUUGUAAGAUGAUGCUGAUGACCCCUUGGACAAUGCUAACCUUGAUGAUGGAGCUGAUCCUGCAGUUCUAUCUUUGCAAAUUAUGUCAUGGCUAUGCCAUUGACGUUUCAGAAUCGCAAAUAUUGUUUGCUAACAUGUUAACUGAACUUGCAGAACCACAUAUACUUUUGUUCUUAUAUCACUAUCGUACUGCUCGUGAGAUGUAUAUACUUUACUUGACAGGUGGGUAACACCAGGAGUGUUACAGGUACUCUAUGAAGUUGGCAUAUAAGCUGUUGUAUAGAAGAAAACACAAUCCUAAGCUUAAUCUGGUCGCCUGAGCGAGUAUGCGACUGGCUUGCUGACGCAUGUGUGCUUAUAACAUGAACUUAAUUUUCAUGCAGUUGGACUUGACCACGAACCUUCUUGGACAACUUUGUCUUUUCUUCUGCUCCUAUGUAGCAGGAUUAAGAACCAUGCACUAUUGCUUCAGACACAAUAUACUUCUUUUGGUUUCUACUGGGCGAUGCUAUUUAUACCUGCUUACAAGUUUUUUGGUUUGAUGCUUAUGUUCAAUCUAAUAAUGUUUAUUGGACUGACGAUGCAUUUUUUUGGUUUGUUUCUCUUAUUUUUACAUGUUGUUAUCAUUUCUACCACCAACAACUUUCUACAUGGAGGGUCCAUGGGCAGCUAUGGCCAAAACAGGCAUCUUCCUUGCUGCCGCAGUCACUGAUUGGCUAGAUGGUUAUAUUGCUAGAAAGAUGCAGCUAGGAACACCUUUUGGUGCAUUUCUUGAUCCUGUGGCCGACAAGCUUAUGGUAGCAGCAACAUUAGUUUUGCUAUGCACCAAACCUUUGGAAUCAUCACUGCUCAAUGAUGGGCCAUGGCUUCUAACAGUCCCUUCCAUUGCUAUCAUUGGAAGAGAGGUUCUUGACUUUCUACUAGAGCUUUUUGAUAUCUUAAAAGACCAGUCUUACAUGUUGACAGAAGCUGAAGCUGCAAUUUAUCUUCCUUGCCUCAUAAUGAAGUCAAGAUUUGUUGCGAGGAACCAAAAAAUUACGCUAAUGGUUAUGAGGUGA